UGAGAACUGACAACUGAGAUGUCAAAACAUUUAGAAAAUCGAGAUUAUCAGAGUGAAGUGCACGCAAAUUUUGUAUACAAAAAACUUUUCUUAACUUCUGUAAUUCUAUAAAAUAAUAAUGAAAAAAUGGUGGAACUGGAUUUUGGCUUUUGCUUUAUUGUGUUUAUUGUUCGUGGCUAUACCGCUUUCCUACUCAGGAGGUAGGAGUAAAGAAGAAUUACGUCCAAUGUUUGAAGAAUAUGUAAAAAAAUACAAUAAAAGCUAUUUUACUAACUCUGCGGAAUACGAAACCAGAUUCGAACAUUUUGUGGCUUCAGUUCAGGAAAUAGAUGAACUUAAUUCAAGAGCCAGAGGGCCAGAGCAGUACCGAGCAAAGUAUGGCCUAACUCAUCUCUCAGAUAUGUCUAAAAUUGAGUUUCAAGAGCUCCAUCUUGCAGAUGAACAACCUCAUAGGAGAAAAGAUUCUCAUAGAUCUAAAAAGCCAUUGUUAACUAUGUCAAAUCUGGACGAUAAAGAUAAAUAUGAAACAGAAAAAGAUAAAAGUGCUCCCAUAUCAUUACAUGAUAAUAUCUAUAUUAUUAUAAGAAAGGAGAGGGCAGCUGCCUCGCUUCCUCUUCAGAUUGAUUGGCGGUCAAAGGGUGUCAUUGGCGCCGUGAAGGACCAGGGGCUGUGUGGUGCAUGCUGGGCUUUUAGUACCAUCGGUGCUAUGGAAGCAAUGGCUGCUAUUUCAACGGGAAAGUUUCAACCUCUUAGCGUGCAGGAAGUGAUAGACUGCGCCGGGCUUGGCAAUAGUGGGUGCGCUGGUGGUGACAUCUGUCUUCUACUGGAUUGGCUCACUAUGACCAAGUCUGUCGUGGAGACAGAUAAAGAAUACCCUCUGAAACUCACGAAUGGAGCCUGCGUGAUGAACAAGAAUGCGACCGGUGUUCGUGUGAAGUCAUUCACUUGUGAUGAUUUUACAAGUGCAGAAGACAAGAUUCUAGCGUUGAUUGCGACGCAUGGACCGGUAGCAGUGGCAGUUAAUGCUUUAAGCUGGCAGAACUACCUUGGUGGAGUGAUACAAUAUAAUUGCAGUGGGAGUCCGAAAGAUCUGAACCAUGCAGUGGAGUUAGUUGGUUAUGACUUGACAGCUGAUGUGCCGUACUACAUCGCGAAGAACUCGUGGGGUCCAAGUUUUGGGCUAGAUGGCUACAUUCACUUGGCCAUUGGGGCUAAUAUCUGUGGAUUAGCCAAUGAGGUAGCGUCUGUCGAUGUAACGGUGUAAAAACGAGGGUAGAUUACCUUUUUUGUGUAAUCCUUAGUAUAAUAGCAGUAUACUGAAACGAAUUUAUCUUGCAUGUACCCACAUUUUUUUGAAUCUCUAUAGAAAUUUUAUUUUUUGUUAUAUUUUCAUUAAGAUUUCAACAUUAUAAAAGGAGACUGAUUUUUUUGUACGUCCAUAUUAUUUUAAGUAUCAAAUAUCCAUGACAAAUAGUUCCAAAUAUAUAAAUCAGUGAACAACUGAAAUCAUGCUGUCUCUGUCUAUGACUCACGAAAUCACGAAAUGAAAGAGACAGCUAUAGUUUUAGAAAGGUGACGACAGAAAAAAUAGUCUUUGUUGUUGUUUCUUGCCAGUAUUUAGGGUAGGUCUUAUUUUUUUGUGUCACAAAACUUGUCAUACGAUCAAUGUACUGGAAUUUUCUUUAUUUGUAUUUAGUUUGUAACACUAACUGUUUUUAUUUAAGAUUUUAAUUUUUUUGCUACUACCCGCAUGUUAGAACAUGUUUUUUUAUAGAAAUUAGUUUAAUAAUAAAACUUGCAUAAUACUUUUUAGAUGAAAAUCCGUCCAAAUUUUUCACGAUAAAUAUUUUUCAUAGUAUCCCUAGUUUUGUUGUAUUUAUGGGUAUGGGGCAGAUAUCAAAGCAAAUCGUCAAUGACUUUAAGCUAAAAGAGAGAGAUAAGCUUAGAGGUGCUGGAAUCUAGUACUAGAAAAAGAAAUUGAAGUAAAUUUGCCCCAUACCCACUGAGUUCAGGACUUUUUGUAUUAAAAAUAUAUUUAAGCAUUUCCAAUUGUGUACAUUCCAAUAGUUAAUUAAGCUAAAAUGACAAUACAUACUCAAAAAGUGCCUUAGUUUUGUAAUCAUUUUUGAAUACAUGUUUUUUUUUA